ACACACACACACACACAAAAAAAACUAGAAAUGUAAGGAAAGACAAUACAACAACGUUAUGCCCUUAUCCUUCACAAAUUCAACCAUAACCACAUCCUUGGCUCACAAUCCACCACCUAAAUUCCCUCCAUCAUCAUCAUCAUCAUCAUCCACAUAACUUCCUUUCAAACAUUCACACACACAUACACACACAAAACUAACUUCAAACAUUCAUCACAAACCAAAAUUCCCAAAUUCUUACCAAAAAAAAAAGAAGGAAGAAAAUCAUGGGCUCAAAAUCCAACACUCAAAUCCUCGAAGAACUCGAAGCACUCAGCGGCACACUCUACCAAUCCCAAACAGCCGCCAAUCCCGCCCGACGAACCGCGUCUCUCGUCCUCCCACGAAACGCAGUCCCUCCCAUUAUCCCACCUUCCUCCGCCGACGAGAUUAAAGAUGACGUCAUAGCCCUCAAUCCAAAACCGAGAUCCCGUCGAAUGUCCUUAUCUCCGUGGCGUUCUAGGCCGCAAAAACCCGAAUACACCCAAGAAGAAAACGAUUAUCGCAACAAAGAGCCACAAAACCCCACCAAGAGCAACAAGUGGAGUGACGAACAAACAUCAUCAUCUUCGGACAAAAAGGGGAUAUGGGGGUGGAAGCCCCUCCGAGCGCUCACACACAUCGCCAUGCAAAAGCUGAGUUGCCUAUUCUCCGUUGAAGUUGUAACGGUACAAGGCCUCCCCGCCUCAAUGAACGGGCUCCGCCUCUCCGUCUGCGUCCGGAAGAAGGAGAAUCGCGACGGGGCCGUCCAGACGAUGCCGUCACGUGUCUCUCAAGGCGCCGCCGACUUCGAGGAGACCCUCUUCGUCAGGUGCCACGUGUACUUCACCCCCUCGAGCGGCGGAGGCCGCACGAAAUUCGAACCCCGUCCGUUUCUUAUAUACGUACUCGCGGUCGAUGCGGAGGAGCUUGAUUUUGGGAGAAGCUCAGUUGAUUUGAGUGGGCUAAUUCAAGAAUCCAUUGAGAAGAACUUCGAAGGUACGAGGAUUAAGACAUGGGACACGAGUUUUCGUCUCUCCGGUAAGGCGAAGGGAGGGGAGCUUGUAAUAAAAUUGGGGUUUCAGAUUAUGGACAAAGAUGGAGGGAUUGGAUUGUAUAGUCAAGCUUCGGAGGGGCAGAAAUCGGGUGGUGGUAAUAAAAGUCGAAACUUUUCGCCUUCUAUUGUCGCUCGAAAGCAAUCAAAAUCGUCUUUUAGUGUUGCUAGUCCGAGGUUAACUAGUCGAGCCGAAGCUUGGACACCUUCACAGAAGGGAGUAAAUGAAUCGUCUUUAGAUGAUCAUAUGGAUGAUUUGAAUCUUGAUGAACCAGCUCCACCACCACAACCUAUAAAAUCUCCUCCUCCCCCACAAGAGACGAAAAUCGAAGAAGUCGAUUUUCCGGAUUUCGAUAUAGAGGACAAAGGAGUCGAAAUUGAUCAGAACAAAGACGAAGAAGAAGAGGAGCGAUAUUCGGAAGAGAAUUCGGACAAGAGAUCAGUUUCCAGUGAGGUUGUUAAGGAAGUUGUGCAAGAUCAAUCCCACAUUAUCACACGGUUAUCGGAGCUCGAUUCGAUUGCGCAGCAGAUUAAAGCUCUCGAAUCUAUGAUGGGGUCAGAAAACGGAAAGGGAUCCAAAAUAACAGAUGAAGAAGAAACAGGCUCACAAACACUAGAUGCUGAUGAAGAUAAAGUAACCAGAGAGUUUCUCCAACUUCUUGAAGAUGGAGAAGAAGAUAAUAACAAACUCAAGGACGAUCAAAUCUCUCUAUCGAAGCUCAAAAACUACGACGAACAAUCCGAAGAAACAGAAUCCGAGGUUUUCAUACCUGAUCUCGGCAAGGGAUUAGGCUGCGUAGUUCAAACAAGAAACGGCGGCUACUUAGCUGCGAUGAACCCACUCAACACCGUCGGGUCGAGAAAGGAAACGCCGAAACUCGCAAUGCAGAUGUCCAAGCCGGUGAUUAUCCAAUCGAACAAAACGGGAUUCGAGCUAUUCCAAAUAUUGGCAGCCAUUGGAGUUCAGGAAUUGACCUCGGAGAUUUCGUCACUAAUGCCGAUAGACGAACUCAUGGGAAAAACAGCAGAGCAAAUAGCCUUUGAAGGAAUCGCUUCAGCCAUAAUCCAGGGGAGGAACAAAGAAGGCGCAAGCUCAACCGCCGCCCGCACAGUUGCUUCAGUCAAAUCAAUGGCGAACGCUAUGAAUAACGGGAGAAAGGAGAGGGUUUCGAGCGGGAUAUGGAGUGUGAGCGAAGACCCACUGUCAAUUGAAGACAUCCUCGCAUUCUCGAUGCAGAAAAUCGAGAGUAUGGCGAUCGACGCCCUAAAAAUCCAAGCGGAUAUCGCGGAAGAAGAAGCCCCAUUCGACGUUUCUCCAAACCCUAGCGGCGAAAAUAACAGCAACAACAAUCUGUUGGCUUCUGCAGUUGCAAUUGAGGAUUGGGCGAAAUCGAACAGCGGAUAUUCCGAAUCGGAAAUCGUGACGGUGGCGGUGGUGGUGCAGCUGCGAGAUCCGAUGAGGCAGUACGAGGCUGUGGGAGGGCCUAUGGUAGCUAUGAUACACGCGCACGAGAGUGAGAAGGAUUGUUACGAUGAAGAUGAAGAGAAGAAGUACAGAGUGGGGAGUUUGCAAGUGGGGAGUGUUAAAGUAAGGGGUAAUUCGGGAAUUAAGAAUUUGUGGGAUAAUGAGAAGCAGAAGCUCACCGCCCUGCAAUGGCUGCUGGCUUUCGGAAUGGGGAAGGCGGCGAAGAAGGGUAAACGGGUCGGGGUAAACGGGCCGGAUCUUAUGUGGAGCGUUUCGUCUCGGGUUAUGGCGGAUAUGUGGCUUAAACCGAUUCGAAACCCGGAUGUCAAGUUCAACAAGUAGGCCUUUUUUUUAUUAUUAUUAUUUUUUUUUUAAUCUCUUGUCAAAUUUUUUAUAUAUAAAUAUAUAUAUUUUUAAAUUCAUAUUUGCUACAUAAGGAUUGUGGUGGGAGAAUGUAAUAAUAAUAAUAAUAAUAAUAUUGUUUUUGUAUACAAGAUUUGUUCAUGGUGUUGAUUCAA